GCUCACGGUAGCUUCCGGUUUGAGACGAUGGUCGGGUGCGUCAACCGUGUUUCCAGCAUCAAGGGCGCGGCCCGGCUGAGGCAAAGCGGAUUGAAGAUCAAGACAACUCAGGCCAUCGACUCGAAUGACUGGCGGAAGAGAACAGCCGGUGUGUCUUCUCCGGGCGAGGGCACCAAAAUGAGCAAGCAGAGCUACGACACCAGCGACGACAUAUGUAUUCGGCUCGAUUUGGAAACAGAGGACUCAUUCUCGGGCCCGCAAUACCGCUACCCGAGGGAGAAGAAGGCGGCCUGGGAAAGCGUUAUUUCCGCUCCAGUGUGGCAGCUCCCUUCGUCGUCUCCAUCGACGUCUGGGGACGACACCAAGGAAGCGGUCAAGAUACACCUGAAGCAGGUCUGUCCAAUACUCACGAGCGUAAAUGGACAAGGCAUUGCACUGCCCAACCGUUUCUGCUUUGACGUUGCUGCAGUCGACGUGCAGAACCCGCCGCAUGGCCUUGCACUCGGUGAGCUGAAGCGCCUUAACGGCCCGGCAGCUUUCCGACGGGUAUCAUCAGAGGACUCUGAUGAGAUUUUGGUGGAGCUCCAAGAGAUGCUGAGCGAGAACCGGGACGCCCAUAACUCAACCGGUUUAUCCUCCUCGGAAUCUCACGGCCAAUUGCAAGGGGCACGGCCUCAGCUAAAGCAGCAUGGCUCUGUUUUUGACAUUCCCGAGACUAGACCCGGCCAUGCAGAGAAGAGGCCAUCGACCGAGGAAGACGUUCGCUUCCAGAGAAUGCUGAACCGCCUGCAGAACACCCACGAGCACUCAUCACCGGCUCGGGAGACCAAUGGCGCGGCAGUGCCGUCUCGUCACAUCAUCGAUCCUGCGAUUGUGGCAAUGAAGAUAAAGGACAAGGUGGAAACACCGGAGAGGAGCGCCCAGCACGGAUCGAACAGGGUGGCCGGGCACCGACAACAAAGUUCCAGCGACUCUGGCUAUGCAUCAAAUAUCCCGGAACGCAGUUCAACUGACCGCCGCUCAGGGGCUGGUUCACGGGGUGAACCCAAGGAACCCUCGGUUGAUGACAGUCAGAUCAAGACAUUGAAUCCCGCCGCUGCCGAAUUCAAGUCGGCUGCCCCAACCAGCGCCACCCCGUGGUUGUCGCCCAAGAAGUUGUCCCGCCCACCGCUCGCUAACAUUUUCCCCGAAGCUAUGCCCAACCACACUCCACUCGCCGCCGUAAGAGAACGUGUUCCUUCUCAGAGGCCUCAGCAAACCGAGGUCCCGGCUCCCACAGGAGCUACUCAAAGAAGCCGGACCAUUGGCAGCGGCACUCAUGCUAUGGCUACGAUGCCCAAGCCACAGCCGGUUAUGCACCCCUCUGAACCUGCUCUGUCCGCCACCGGUAUAAACCCGAAUAACUUUCCCCCAGCCAAUACGCUUCUUCGUCAGGCCAUUACGCCCAUGGGGCUGGGUGCUACAAUGUCUGCGGCGACAUUUUCAACCUCUCCAUUCCACAACGCCGCCCUCGGAAGUAUCCCGCCUACAGCAACGCUCAACGCGCCGAUUAGUGUUGCACCUUUGAACCUGCCGGUUAUGAACGGAUUCAACACUUUCCCACCACUAGGUGGAGCUUCGGUUCCAGGCUACGCUUCAGGAGUGACAACAGGAGUCAACCCAUGCCUCCCCCUUAGCGCACCGUUUAUCCCGGGCGCCCCGCUACAGUCCUCGAUCGGUUCUGAUGGGAAACUUGACCGGCCCUACUUCCCCGUGACGGUGAAGCCACGAGACCACGACCCGGUCAAGCAGCAGAUGUACGAGGCUUACCUGGAAUGGCGCAAGGCAAACGAGCCGGGCUACCACAUGAAGUGCAAGAUGCGCCAGGCCAACCGUGUCAUGCGCCAGUGCCAGCAGAAGGAGACGCCACUAGCCAGCAAUCCCGCCAACUGGAAGGCGAUUGCCGAGAAGGCUAAGGCUGCUGUUGGGGCUGCGGCGGCGGCGGCAGCGGCCGAGAAGAAGAUGUGGCAGGAGUCGGUCAGAGAGGAAUUGAGGAUAAAGGUGAGGGAGUUAAGCCAGGACUCGCACAGGGUUGCUGUCGGGGCGUGA